AUGGUGAUGGCCGAGCCCCGGCGGCCCCCGGCGCUGCUGCCCCGCGGGCUCGGGCCCGUCCGCGUCGGCUUCUACGACAUCGAGGGCACGCUGGGCAAGGGCAACUUCGCGGUGGUGAAGCUGGCGCGGCACCGCAUCACCCGCAGCGAGGUGGCAAUAAAAAUCAUUGACAAAUCUCAGCUGGAUGCUGUGAAUCUGGAGAAGAUCUACAGGGAGGUGCAGAUAAUGAAGAUGCUCGACCACCCACACAUCAUAAAACUUUACCAGGUGAUGGAGACCAAAAGCAUGCUGUACCUCGUGACAGAAUUUGCCAAAAAUGGGGAGAUUUUCGAUUACCUGGCCAGCCACGGGCGCCUGAGCGAGCCCGAGGCGCGGCGCAAGUUCUGGCAGAUCCUGUCGGCCGUGGAAUAUUGCCACGGCAGGAAAAUCGUGCACAGGGACCUCAAGGCUGAGAACCUCCUGCUGGACAACAACAUGAACAUCAAAAUUGCAGAUUUUGGCUUUGGGAAUUUCUAUAAGAGCGGGGAGCCUCUGACAACGUGGUGUGGGAGCCCCCCCUAUGCAGCCCCAGAAGUUUUUGAGGGCCAGCAGUACGAGGGACCCCAGCUGGACAUUUGGAGCAUGGGGGUGGUGCUCUAUGUCCUGGUGUGUGGAGCUCUGCCCUUUGAUGGACCCACCCUGCCCAUCCUGAGGCAGAGGGUGCUGGAGGGAAGGUUCAGGAUCCCCUAUUUCAUGUCGGAAGAGUGCGAGCACCUGAUCAGGAGGAUGUUGGUGCUGGACCCAUCCAAACGUUUGAGCAUUGCCCAGAUCAAGGAGCACAAGUGGAUGCUGGUGGAGGUUCCUGCCCAGAGGCCAAUCCUUUACCCGCCAGGGGAGGAGAACGAGCCCUCCCUGGGCGAGUACAACGAGCAGGUCCUGAGGCUGAUGCACAGCCUGGGCAUAGACCAGCAGAAAACCGUGGAGUCCCUGCAGAACAAGAGCUACAACCACUUUGCUGCCAUCUACUACCUGCUGGUGGAGAGGCUGAAGUCGCACCGCAGCAGCUUCCCCGUGGAGCAGCGCGUGGACGCGCGGCAGCGCCGGCCCAGCACCAUCGCCGAGCAAACCGUGGCCAAGGCACAAGCUGUGGUCCCCUCGGUGAACCUGCAUUCCCAAAAUCCAAGGCUGCUGCAGUCUCCAGGGCUCCCCUCAGCCUCAGGAGCAGAAACCUUCUCCUUCCCUCCCUCCAGCUGCCAGGGAGAGGCGGCUUUUAUGGAGGAGGAAAGGGUCGAGACGCCAAAGGUGAACGGCUGCCUGCUGGACCCCGUGCCUCCCGUGGUGAUGAGGAAAGGAUGCCAAUCCCUGCCCUCCAGCAUGAUGGAAACCUCCAUCGAUGAAGGGAUAGAGACGGAAGGAGAGGCAGAGGAGGACCCAGCCCAGGCCUUCGCUGCCCUGCAGGCAGCUCGAGGGGGGAAGAGGCGUCACACCCUGGCUGAGGUCACCAACCAGCUGGUGAUGGUGCCAGGCACAGGGAAAGUCUAUUCCUUGGACGAGAACUCCUCGCUGGGCAGCAUCGACUCCGAGUACGACAUGGGCUCGGCGCCGAGGGACCUGAAAUUCCUGGGAGAGGCUCCCUCCCUGAAGGAGAUGGUGCUGAGCAGCCAGCAGCCCCCGCGGGUGACGUCCCCGUUCCUGGGGCUCAGGCCCGCCAACCCGGCCAUGCAGGCGCUGAGCUCCCAAAAACGAGAGGCUCACAACCGCUCCCCCGUCAGCUUCCGCGAGGGCCGCCGGGCCUCCGACACCUCCCUCACCCAAGGAAUUGUAGCAUUUAGGCAGCACCUCCAGAACCUGGCACGAACCAAAGGAAUCCUGGAGCUGAACAAAGUCCAGCUGCUGUAUGAACAAAUGGGGUCAGAGGAGGAACCUUCUCUGACAUCAGCUGCCACUCAGCUGCAGGACCUCAUCAACAGCCCUGCACAGGAGGAAGGCUCUCAGCAGCAGCAGCAGCAGCAGCAGGAGGCUCCAGCCGCUUUCCCCAGUGGUGCACAGCCCCCGCUCUUGUCCCGAAGGCAGAGUUUGGAGACUCAGUACCUGAAACACCGGCUGCAGAAGCCCACUCUGCUCUCCAAAGCUCAGAACACUUGCCAGCUCUACUGCAAAGAACUGCCCCGGAGUCUGGAACAGCAGCUCCAAGAGCACAGGCUGCACCAGAAGAGGCUGUUCCUGCAGAAGCAGUCCCAGCUGCAGGCCUACUUUAACCAGAUGCAGAUAGCCGAGAGCUCGUACCCCCGAGCCCUGCCCUGCCCCGAGGAGCUGCAGCCGCAGCAGCAGCAACAACAACCGCAGCCGCAGUCGCAGCAGCAGCAGCAGCCGCAGCAGCAGCCGCCGCCAGCCCAGUUCAGGCUGCAGCAGCCCCUGAGCCCCGUGCUGGAGCCUUUCCUGCGGCCGUUCCCCAAGCUGGAGCCGCCCAGCCCGUCGCGGCUGUCCCCCCCGGGGCAGGGCCAGCUGCAGUUCCCGUACCAGACUGGAGAGCUGCCCUCGGCCGAGCAGUGCCACGUCCCCGCGGGCGCUGCAGCCUCGGCCGAGAGCCAGAGCAGCUCCGCGGAGGCGCAGCCCGGCUACGACCCCCUGCCCCUGGCAGAGCUGCCCGGACUCUUCGAUUGCGAGAUGAUGGAGGCUGUGGAUCCGCAGCACGGAGGUUACGUCCUGGUCAAUUAACGCCCAGGGCACGGGGAGGGGAAGGACAAACGGAGAGAAGCAUGUGAAUUUUUUUUUUUUUUGGUUGUGUUUUUUUUUGUUCUUGGGGGUUUUUUUUCCGUUGGGUUUUUUUGUUGUUUUUUUUUUUCCCCCCCACCCCCGUUCCGACCCCUCGUCGGAAAAUUCGUGGUGGUUUUUCGAGCCUUGGAUUGACGGGAAUUUAAAAAAAUCCACCUGGCUGGAAGAGAAAUGAAAAGCAGGAGGUGUUUGGCACCGGUGGCGGGGGCUGGAGAACGCGGAGUGCAGCUCCAUCCCACAAAGUCUGCGUAGAAGGAGGCAAAGAAAGGUGAAUUGCAGAGGAAGGAAACGGCCCCUUCUAAAAGAAUUCGGGGAGUUUGUCAGCACCCAUCGGACAUGCACUUGGAGAGAGGAGAGUGAGUGCACACCUAUCACACUUCUUGGCAAUAAAAGCAAUAGUUUUCAUUGAAAUUCAGGGUAGAUUCGGGUCUGCGCUGAUGGCAACUGAAAUCCUCUGGAGAACAGGAGCACGAGGUGGAAUUCAAGGGAAGUUGCGGAUUUCGGUUGAGCUCCUGGUCUGGAACUACUCCGUGGCCAGCCCUGAGCGUCUCAGGCACCUGAACAGGAUUUCCCAGGCCUGCCAAGGAGCUCUUCACUGCCUGCCGAAGGAAUCUGGAGCAAAGGGACGCCCUGGCUUUGCCAAAAGGAACCUGGGACAGUGUGGAGAGACCUCUGGGUGGGGAUGGGAAUUCUGGAGGAUCAAGGACAAGCCAACGGAGACAGAAGGUAAGAGAGCCAUGAGAGAGAGAGAGAGCAAGAGCUGCAGGAAAUAGCAUUAAAAAUAAUAAUAAUAAAAUCCACCUGAGUGGCUUUUGAAAUCACCCCCUUUUUGCAGGAGGGUUUUGUCCUGGAGAAGUUCUGCUCGCUGGAAAGGAUCCACCUGUCCCUGGGUUGCAUUUAAAAAAAGAAAAAACAAACAACAAAACAAGCAAACAAAACUGUGUUUUGAAUUUGCAGUAUGUGUUGCUGGUGGUUUCUUGAGCUUUGUAUAUUUGGAUAAUUAUUUAGGGUUUUAGAACUUUAAGGAUAAAAAAAAACAAACAAUGAGCUUAUAAAAAGUUUAAAAAAAAAAACGAAACACCCCUGUGAAGUGAUAGUGCUGUGCCUUUUUCAGUUCUUUAUCAGCCUACAUGCUUUUUUUCUGAAGGAAGUAGACAAUACCCCAUUUAUGUCCCUGCCGUGGCCAAAGUCCCUUCAGAGCACACGUCCCACCGUGUGGGACAUGUUUAACUUUCUUAGUGUUUGAGUGGCUCAUGUAUAUAGGACACUGAGAGUAUCACAGCAAUAUUUCAGCAUCAAACUGUUGGUGUGUCAACCAUUUCUAGGGACGCUCCAGCUCCGCCAGGAGUUGUGCCUCCAGAACUUUCCAGCCAUGAAAUCCAAGUCGUAGGAAGGGGGGGGAUGGCUCAGGGAGCUGCAGGAAGCUGAGAUCUCCAGUUUGGGGUUUGUCUCUGACCCUGAAGUGUCGUGGGCCAGGCCAGUGGCCAGCUGGCCAGGCCAGCCCUUUCCUGAGCGAACAUUAAAGCACAAUUGCAGCUUCAUCAAAGCACAAAGAGCCAGAGGAACUGUGCUGAGCACACCAGAGUUUGCUGGAGGGUUUGGUCUUCGAUACUGCGAAUCCCCAGGGCGGAGGGAGGUGGAUAAUCAGCGUUUACAGCAAUAAGACCGCACUCAAACACGGCAAAGGAGGAGUUGAGCCACGCCGUGUGAAGGGAGGAAGGGUUUAACAGGGCAGCAGGCGCCCGGUCCCUGUGUGCGCAGGUAGAGACAACUCCUGUUCCUGAGCCUGCUCUGACGCUGGCCCAGGGCAAGAGUGCUCCGCUUCUGCCUCUGCUCUCACAGGGAUUCUCAAGGCAGCAGCAGCAGAGUUUAAGGAACAGGGCUGAGGAGACAGAGAUGGCCAGAAAGCUCUGCUUUAAACGGCUGAGAGCAAAGGGUUCUGUUGCGUGGUUUCCCUUCGAAAGGAAACGCACAAACCCAGCGACACCUGAAGGGAAACAGCCUGACAAAAACUGCAGCAGAACAGGGCAGGAACAAAGGGGAAGCAGAGUCCUGUCCUUUCACUCCUCCUUCCCUGCCCCACGGCAUCACCCGUGCCUUGUGGGGUGUGAAAUGUGUCCAGACGCUCACGGAACCGGGCAGUGCUGCCAGGACAGGCGGCGCGCUGGAGACAGCCCCGGUGCUGCUGCAGGAGCUGGCGGGCUGCCAGAACAAUAACCACUUCCUUCCCCAUCCAGCUCCAGGAUCCUGCACGUUUCAGGACCCAAAAGAUAAAAAUAAUUCCCUUCUGGAGUUGUGCGGUUCAUUCAUUUAUCAGGACGUGCCAACCAGUCUGAGCUCCUCUGAGCUUUGCAGUGCUGGGCAGGGGGAAGCUGCAGUAUUUUUUUAAUGUAGUUUAGACCGACUCUUUCCCCUCAGCCAAAAGCAUAUUUAACAUUUCAUGUAAUUUCCUUUAAGCCAAUUAGGACGAAAAGGCUUCUGAAGCCUUCUCAUACAGAGAGGAUCCAUUGGGCACCACUUCCCACUCCUUUGAAGUGGCUUUUUUGUUUCCAAUCUGUUCUGUUCUAACAUUAGAGAACUGUGUACACUACUGUUAGAGUAAUUAUUAGCUUUAUUAUCUUGUACUACAGCCUCCUUUGAAGAGACUUUGGUGUGAUGUAUAUGGGGUACAAAUUUCAUACGGAGAAAAGUGCAAUAUGUGUGUGUGUGGUAUGUUCUUUAAUGUAUUUUUUUAAGGAUUUAGAGGGUUUAGUCUCUGCUUUGGGAUAAAUGCACUAGUUUUGUGAGCUCCAGUUUGGCAAGUUCAUCUGUAGUCUUUACAUGCAACUGAUCUGCUGGACUCUGUAAAGCAGUUACAGUGUAUUAAUACAAAAAUAAAGAAUAUGUGCAUUUCAUUUUUUAAA